GCGGGAAGGGCCGGGGGUCAGUGCGGGGGGGGACGCUCCCGCUACCGUCUGUCAUUGGCCUUACUUGCUGCAGCUUCCUUUGGUUCGAGAAUCGAAAGAUUAACAUUCAAAACACCUGCAAAAUGGUCCACAAGAAGGACUCCCGACGCGUGGUGUGCGGCACCUGUCUGGUGGUGGCUCCGCCCGGCGAGGGGAGCAGCGCCGCGGCCGCGCCCAGCAAGGUGACGGUCAGCGUCCGGCGGCGCUGGGGGUGCUGCGGGUGGCUGGCCGGGCCCUGGAAGGAGCUGGCGGCGUUUUCGUUCAGCGACCGGGCCAGGGCACCGCUCUUCGACAAUGCCUUCCUUGACCUGGAGCGAGUCUUCAGGUACAACAGGAAGGCGGACGCGGCCGCCGCGCAGGUCAAGAUCUGCGUGACGCUGCGCAGCGGCGAGACUCGCGUGGCCCGCGUGGGCCUCGAGGACUUUACGGGCCAGCUGCUGCAGAGCGGCAGCCCCGAGUGGUUUGUCCUUCGCGUCCACGAGGGGAAGGUCGUGCUUCUGCCGGCCCACACGCCACUCACGGAGGUGCCAACGGGAUGGCCCUUUGACGGAGUGCCAAGUGACACCCGCCGAGGCCAAAAGGGUGGCAAGGACAAUGCCAGCAGUGACCCCAAGGUCACCCGGCCGGAAGACAGCCAAGGAAAGACGGACACCACCGACCAAGGGUUCGAAAAUAUCGCUCCUAGCAAUGACAGUGCCCGCAAAGCAGAGGAGCUGCUCCCUGCUGAAGACAAAGACAGUGACGAGGAAACUGCUGAAGACAUCACUGUGAACGGCGAAGAGAAGGAGGCUCCCAGUGACAAAGAGGAGAGCGGACGGGAGCCUGAUGACGACACAGGGGAGACUGAUGAGGACACAGGGGAGACUGAUGACGACACAGGGGAGACUGAUGACGACACAGGGGAGACUGAUGACGACACAGGGGAGACUGAUGAGGACACGGAGGAGACUGAUGAAGAGACGGAAUGGGAGGCCGACACCGAGGAGGAGACUGAACGAGACUCUGACGAAGACUCGGACGGCAGUGGGGGGGAGACAAGUGAAGACGACGCCGAGGAGACCACUGGUGAAGGCCCAGGGAGCGAGCGUGGCAGCGUCCUGGGUAGGCUGGGGGCGGCGCUGCGACACCACAGCCGCGGCCUGCUCGUGGCCGCCGAAGUGGCCUUGAUAAUAGGCACUCUCAAAGUGUGGGGGCCGCCCGCUUACCUUGCCAGCUGGCGGGGGGGCGGCGCUGGCGGGGAGCUGUGAGGGGCGCGAGGCAGCCGCCCUUAGGGACGCGUCGAGGCCCCCUCUACGCCCACGCCUUCAUGUACCCGAGCACGUGUUCGGGUGCAACGGAAGGCGGCGCGGCGAGAGGCCUAUGGCCGGCGCGGGCCUUGGAGGCUUCCUUAAGAACACGCCAAAGGCACCCCCUCUACGCCCACGCCUUCAUGUACCCGAGCACGUGUUCGGGUGCAACGGAAGGCGGCGCGGCGAGAGGCGUGUGGCCGGCGCGGGCCUUGGAGGCUUCCUUAUGAACACGCCAAAGGCACCCCCUCUACGCCCACGCCUUCAUGUACGCGAGCACGUGUUCGGGUGCAACGGAAGGCGGCGCGGCGAGAGGCGUGUGGCCGGCGUGGCCCGGGAGGCUUCCUGGCCGGCUGCUGCACAGACGCCGCCCGGAGUGCUUGGCCUCCUCCGUGGCGUCCAAGAAUCUCUUCCUGGCCCUCCUCUCCUCCCGGGCGGCUCCAUCCUCCUCCCACGCACUGUGCAUCCCUCAUUUGCACACUCCCAAACCCGCACAGCCUCGCCUUCUUCGAGACGCCGUGCCUGACCCGUCCCUCUGAUAUCCUCUCCUCUGAUCCCGCCCCGACUCGCUGCUCCAAGGGAACAUCGCGACGCCAACUCUGUACUCGCAAAAACCGCCACAGCCUCGCCUCUCCGAACCGGUCCACGUCCCGUCCCUCGGAGGUCCAGGCUCCCGGUACGACUAUAACCCAAGGCCGGAGGAGACGGACCGGGUUUUGAAGGGUGAUUCUCACGUUCAAGGUCCAGAGGCCGCGUAAUACUAUCACACCUGCAUUACACAACAGUCCAUGAACACACCGGCAAAACAGUCAUGAGGUCACAGGCCGUGCAACACUAUCACACCUGCAUUACACAACAGUCCAUGAACACACCGGCAAAACAGUCAUGAGGUCACAGGCCGCGCAACACUAUCACACCUGCAUUACACAACAGUCCAUGAACACACCGGCAAAACAGUCAUGAGGUCACAGGCCGUGCAACACUAUCACACCUGCAUUACAAAACAGUCCAUGAACACACCAGCAACUUCCACGAGAGGCUUUUCAAACAGGCGAACCGACCCGUUCAUACAUGCGGGCGUGAGUACUCUUGUGCGGCGGAACCACACACCGCACGCCUGGGCACGAUGCUCUCUCUGCCGUCUGGAGUUUUCCUGUCACCUUCGCAAAAGGGUUGUAGAAAAAAGGAAAAAAUGCCGUGUGCCAAGACUGUGCCGCUGCUGUAUUUCUCAGUUUCUCUUACU